AUGUCCUCCUCCGGCGCGUUCCUUGAAGCUGGGGAAGUUAGUUUUAAGGAAGAGUUGGAGGAAGAUGACAUUUAUGGUUUCGAAAACUCAGAAGAGUUUGAGCGAGUAUUUGCGAAGAGUAAAAAAUCCAAGCGGAGUGUGACACAGCUUUCGACUACGCUUCAAGCGCUCAUUUUUCAGAAUAAUGGUAUUGAUGCGGAAGCUGAAUUUGAGGCCAUUGUAGAAUACAUUUUGGGAGCUGGAUCACACAGCUAUGGUGGCAGUCUAGAGGCUCGAGAGUACAGAAGAGCGCUUCUUGCCUCGUUUGAGUAUGAAUGGCAGGAGUUUCAGCAGGAGCAUCCCUCUGUGUCUCUUGCUCAGGCGAUGCGUAUUUUGCCAUAUCGCUUCACUCUGCCUCCUAUGGAAAAAACACAGCUGGAAAUGUUGACUGAUUUAAAUCCCAGAAAAAUGGGCAGCGGAAACUUGGGUACGGUUUUGCUUCGUAUCUGGUAUAUAGAUCUUGCGGGUUGUACCUGUUCCACCUUGCGGGGAUUUCCAUUUGAUAUGAAGGCCUCAGAAGCAAUACUCACCACCAUGGAACGCUUGUUUUCGAUUACAAAUUUUGACAAGAGUAAACGUCAAGGACUUACGCACGUUUUUAAAAUUCAGGGAAGAAGAGAAUACGUGUAUGGGGAUGAAAUAUUAAUUAACUUCCGCUACAUCAGGGAUAGCGUGACACAGCAGCGAGAAAUAAAUGUGGUCGUGGAGCCACAUGAGAAGACAGUUCUAACCUAUCCCGUAUUUGUACCUUCAUACUCCUACCCAAGCAACUCCAGUGGGAAACACCGCGCUGGUAUCAACCGAAGUGACGCCCCGGACGGGGUCUCUGCGGGAAUCAGCGUUUGGGACAUUCAUGGCAAACUAGGAAUCAAGAUUAAAGGGCGUCUUUGUAAUCUUGUCUUUACUUCGGAAAGAGCAAAGGAGGAAGGUGUUCGCGAGGGAGAUUCACUUUAUCUUGCAAUGCUUGUGGAGGUUUACUAUGGUGCCAAAUUAGUUUGUCCGCCUCAGAUGACUAAUUGGGUAAUAUGUAAUGACCUAGUUGGUUCAAGCGAGCUUAAUGGUUUUUCUUCGGUUACGUGGGGGAAGAAGACCAAACUAGCUUUCGAUAUUCAACUCUCGAACGCCCCUCGAGAACUCAAAUUGUGUAUUACUCUGUUGGCCACCUGUGGGGAUCGCUUCGGUGCUGUGAAUUCUCUCAGCGCCGAGGAACUUGUUCAAAAGGCAGAGGAUCAUUCUGGUUUAAAAAGGACGGAUGAAUAUCAUGUGAGUCCUGUAUUUUUCCUAGGAGUUGCCUCGGUCCAACUAUUUGAUUAUCUAAGUUACAUGCAGACAGGAAAAGUGAAUCUGCGGCUCUGGGGCACAAAGAAAAAGGCAAAUCCCAUGUGUCUUAUCCCAAACAAUCUCAACAAAAAUGAUAUGUUGUUUUCAUUGACCUUUCCUACGUUUAAUAAACCAGUCUUGAUCCCGAAUGCUGCACCCCCAGAUUCCAAAAGAAAUGAGUGGGAACAUCGGCUCCUUGAGAGCGAGCUUUGCCUUCAUGAAAAUCUGAGAGAAAGUAAAAUUGAGCAAUUAAAACAGUUAAAACGAAUUCUCGCGAGUGACCCACUGACAGAGCUUACAACAAGUGAUAAGGUGCUUCUUUGGAAACAUCGAGAAGAACUUAUUAUGCGUCCAAGGGCGCUUGCAAAGUUUCUUCUUGCCGUUAAUUGGCUUCAGCCUUAUGCUGUAUAUGAGGCGCAUAGCCUUUUAAAACGAUGGGCCCCUCUUCAACCUAUGGAUGUGCUUGAAUUACUAGAUAUACGCUUUGUGGAUAUCCUCGUUCGUGAGCAUGCUGUAAAAUAUCUGAAUGGUAUGACAGACUACGAACUCAAAGGGUGUGUUUUACAAUUGGUACAAGUUCUUAAACAUGAACCCUAUCAUGAUUCAACGUUGUCCAGAUUUUUGUUAAAAAGGUCAUUACAAUCGCCCAAUAUGAUUGGGCAUUAUGUUUUUUGGUACCUUGUUUCAGAGAUGGGGAAUACCUCUGUCUCUGAACGUUAUGGAAUUCUCUUAGAGGAACUGAUACGUCGCAUGCCGGAGCGACGAGGUUAUUUGCACCAAUUGUAUGUAGCUGAUCAAUUGUUCGAAAGCGCCAUGCGGGUGAAAGAGGCACCGAAAAGGGAUCGCAUUGACUGUCUUCGAGAGCAUCUUAAAAGUCUUUCUUUGCCACCUCGCUUUACACUUCCUCUAAAUCCGGCGAUGGAGUGUUGUGGUCUUGAUAUUGGUAAAUGCAAAGUAAUGGAUUCCAAGAAAUUUCCUCUUUGGCUUGUAUUUCGCAACUUUCAGGAAGAAUGUGAACCUUUUUAUGUUAUAUUCAAGGCGGGAGAUGAUUUGCGGCAAGACUUGUUGACUCUGCAACUUCUUGAAUUGAUGGAUUCGCUUUGGAAGUCUUGUGGGUUAUACCUCCAUAUUAUUCCGUAUGGUUGUAUUGCGACAGGGGAGGGCGUUGGGAUGAUUGAGGUUGUUCCCAACAGUGAUACUGUAGCAAACAUUACGCGCAAAUACGGCGGCGCCCAAGCUGCCUUCCGUGAUGAACCGCUCAUGAAUUGGCUGAGACAAUUUAAUCGAGAACGAGAUGAGGUGGAACGGUGUCUCUGGAAUUUUAUUUGCAGUGUCGCUGGAUAUACUGUGGCUACGUACGUUUUAGGUAUUGGUGAUCGUCACAAUGAUAAUAUUAUGCUUCGUCAAGACGGAACCCUUUUUCAUAUCGAUUUUGGCCAUUUCUUGGGCAACUUCAAGACGAAGUUUGGUAUUAAACGAGAAACUGCACCUUUUAUUUUUACCCCGAUGUAUGCCUACAUGUUGGGAGGGCAGAGUAGCCCCAUUUAUGUGUAUUUUGUGGAUCUCGCAUGUCAUGCCUAUAACGUCUUGAGACGUUUUGGUGGCACGCUGAUGACGCUUUUUAUGCUGAUGCUUUCAACCGGUAUACCAGAGCUACAGAAGGUGGAAGACAUUGGCUGGUUAAGAACAGUUUUGCUUAUCGAUCGUUCAAGCGAGGAGGCAACGGAACACUACAAGCUGCAAAUAUCUCUGGCUAUGGCUAACUUCCGUGCUCUAUUCAAUGACUAUAUUCAUAUUGUAACUCAUUAG